CCUCUGAGAUACCAUUCAUCGAGUCAGUCUGUCAGUCUGUGUGUAGAACAUUGCGUGUGAGCUGCGUGUGUGUCUUGGCCAAAGGGACAAACGAAGUGCAGUUAAUAGUAGACAGCAACAUGUUUGCCAAGCAUCGCGCAUGCGCCUAAAAGUAUACUCGACAUUUGCGACGUGGGUGGGCAACGCAUUUAAAGGACAAACGUCUGUUCGGGCACGGCCAAAGGACAUUCGAACUUCUCGCCUAUUAUUCAACAAUCUUGGCAAUUGCAAAACCCAAAAAAAAAACAAAAAAUAAAAGAAAUAAUCACAAACAAAACGACGUGCUUCACAAAUUAAACAAACUGAAACAAAAGCAAACGCAUUGAAUACCAAACAUAUCCACAAGUGACAUAAUACACAUCAAAAAGAAAAGACGAGCUUUCAAAUUGUGUUUAAGCAAUCAAUUAGUGCGUCUCGCAGCUAUAAACUACAAUCUAUAUCUCGUGAAACAAAUACAUAUAUACAUAUAUCUGGCAAUAUGUCAACGGCAUCCUAUAGCAAUUCCAGCGGCGAUGAGGCCAAUAAAAAGGCCGAGGCCCAGAACGAGGAGAGCUCCCACCUGCUGGAGACGAACGAGACAAACGGUGCCAAAUAUGGCUCCCGGCAAGCGGUAAAAAUAGUCAAAGCUAAUGCCACUGAAAGUGCCAAUGCCAGUCCGCAAGAUCAGGAGAAUCUAUUGGGCAACAUGGUGCACACGUCCACGGAGAACAAGUCGAGAACACUGCCACAAUAUGUGGCAGCCUUGGCAGCAGCUGGUGGCGCCUUUGCUGCCGGUACUUUGCUCGGCUGGACAUCGCCCUCAGAGAAUGAGAUCACCGAAGGAGAUGCCUAUAGCUUUGAUGUCAACGAUGAGCAAUUCUCAUGGAUUGGCGCCUUCAUGACGCUGGGUGCUGCCGUUGUCUGCAUUCCAAUUGGUUUCCUCAUCAAUUUCAUUGGACGCAAGUGGACCAUGUUGUUGCUCGUCCUGCCCUUCGUCCUAGGCUGGGCGCUGUUGAUCUGGGCCCAAAAUGUGGUCAUGAUGUACAUUGCACGUUUCAUUUUGGGUAUCGCUGGCGGUGCCUUUUGUGUUACGGCUCCCAUGUACACUGGUGAAAUCUCGCAGAAGGAUAUUCGCGGCACGCUGGGAAGCUUCUUCCAGUUGAUGAUCACUAUUGGCAUUCUGUUUGUGUACGGUGUUGGCUCUGGUCUUAACGUGUUCUGGAUGAGCAUCGUUUGUGGCUUGCUGCCCAUCAUCUUUGGCAUCAUUUUCUUCUUCAUGCCGGAGUCGCCCACCUAUUUGGUUUCAAAGAAUCGCUCGGAGGCUGCCAUCAAGUCCAUUCAAUGGCUGCGUGGCAAAGAGUAUGACUACGCCCCAGAGAUGGAGGAACUGCAUCAGAUUGACCGUGAGAUUCGUGAGCAGGAGGUUAAUAUUUGGGCUGCCCUGACCCGUCCAGUGACCAUCAAGGCCAUGAGCAUCAGCUUGGGUCUCAUGUUCUUCCAGCAAGUGAGCGGCAUCAACGCUGUCAUUUUCUACUCCGCUGGCAUCUUUACGGCAGCAAAGACUGGCAUCAAUGAGAGUAUGUCGACCAUUUUGAUUGGUGUUAUGCAAGUCGUGGCCACCUUUGUCUCCACCCUGGUUGUGGACAAGCUGGGACGUCGCAUUCUGCUGCUCGCCUCGGGCAUUGUGAUGGCUCUUUCCACCACUGCCAUCGGUGUGUACUUCUUUUUGAAGGACCAGAAUGAGUCUCAAGUGGAGAAUCUUGGCUGGCUGCCAGUGACCAGCUUGUGCGUCUUCAUUAUCAUGUUCUCCAUUGGCUUCGGCCCGGUACCAUGGCUGAUGAUGGGUGAACUGUUUGCCACCGAUAUCAAGGGAUUCGCUGGCUCCAUUGCAGGCACUACCAAUUGGGUGCUGGCCUUCAUCAUCACGAAGACAUUCAAGAAUCUUACCGAUGGAUUGGGCACUGGCGGCACCUUCUGGCUGUUCGCUGGCCUCACCGUUGUCGGCAUCGUCUUCGUCUUCUUCAUUGUGCCCGAGACGAAGGGCAAGAGUCUGAACGAGAUUCAGCAGGAGCUCGCCGGCAAUCGCAGUGUAGUGGAGCAAUCGAAUGGCGUGCAGAGCAAAAAGUGAACGAGCUUUGCUUUCAGUUAAAUGAUUUUUACAUUUUACGUUAUGUUAAGUGCAGGUCAAGUUCCGUUUUCAAUAUGAGCACAGCAAAGCAGACAGAUAGACAGAAUGGAAGAGAAUGAAGGGAAUGGGAGAGUUUGCAAGAAUGAAGACUGAAGGUCAAGUGCAUAAUAGACAGAUAUAUAUAAUAUAUGUAUAUGUUAGGGCUCUGUUAAGUUACUGUUAACGCACUGUUAGCUCAACCACACACACACAACACAACACACACACACACUUUAACCGCCAUUGUGUUUUGUUUUAUUUCCGUUUCUUGCUAACUUCACGCGGCCAUACAAAAGACAAUAGAAUUUAAACAGUAAGUGCUAUAUAUAUACACACACAUACAUACUAACACGUACUAUAAUAUAUGCAUACUCAAAUCUGAAAAUUGGAACAAUCCUUUUUAAAUGGUAUUUAUAGCAAAUAUUCAAAUGCUUUGUGUGUAUUUAUAUAGAUCAAUGAAUUACUGUCGGUUUAAUAACUGUCUGUUGUGCGUAAUUCGAAACAUUCAGUUUUUUUUAAUAUAUAAAUUGUAUUUACAUUAAGCAUUUUAGCGUCUGUUUUAUUUGUAAGCCAUGCAUAUUUAUUGUCGAAACGAUUUUUAUAAUUUUUAAUGGAACAAACAAACAAAAAUUAAACAUAUUCAAUCACACAAUCGCUGUUUACUCGCAUCACACAACAGCUCAAAAGUUACAUGCGUUAUAUCAUUGUUACAAUAAUCUGCAUCCAAUUUUUUUAAAAUAUCGAUGUAAAUUCUAUCUAAAAAAUCAAAUGUAUGUACAUCACACGCGAUGCAGUUAAAUAUGUAGUGAAAAAAUAUAUUAAAUAUAUGUAUGUUGUAAAUAAACUUGAAAACAAA